GUUCCUGACAUGGUAGGAAUGGCUCCAUCUCCAAGACCUAUGGCUCCCCUCUCCAUGAAACCCUCACCAUCCAUCAUCCAGGCAGCUCCAACAGUUUACUCGGCUCCUCCUGUCACUCUGGGACACAAGAGGGUCGAUGCUCGUACCCAGAGGCAGGCCAGAAUGGAAGAGCUGGCAGCGCGGGUUGCAGAACAGCAGGCGGCUGUGACGGCAGCAGGUCUGCUUGACAGGAAGGAGAUUGACGACAGAGACUCAGUGAUCGGUCCCAGCAUGCCUGAGCCCGAGCCCCCCCAUCCAGAGCCAGUGGAAAGUGUUAUAGAAGACAAAAAGAAAGGAAAGUCGGAGAAGGUGAAGAAGUGCAUCCGAACUGCAGCAGGAACCACCUGGGAGGACCAGAGUCUUCUGGAGUGGGAAUCAGACGACUUCCGGAUUUUCUGUGGAGAUCUUGGGAAUGAGGUGAACGAUGACAUCCUGGCCAGAGCCUUCAGCAGAUACCCGUCUUUCCUCAAAGCCAAGGUGGUCAGAGACAAACGUACUGGAAAAACCAAAGGAUACGGCUUUGUGAGCUUCAAAGACCCCAACGACUACGUCCGUGCCAUGAGGGAGAUGAACGGGAAGUAUGUGGGCAGCCGGCCGAUCAAGCUGAGGAAAAGCAUGUGGAAGGACCGCAACAUUGAGGUGGUGCGCAAAAAACACAAGGAGAAGAAGAAGCUGGGCCUCAGAUAGGCUGGAUGUGUCACCUGCACACGUUUCUGUUCAUGUUUGUUUUACCUCAAUAAAGUGUGAUCUUUACUUCA